GGCAGCAGCUUGAAGUCCGGUCCGUCCAGCAGCAGCUUCGACCGGAGGAGGCCGAGGUCGGAGGAGAACCAGGGACAACCAGGAGGAGAGAGGAGGCCGGUGUGGUGGAGCGAUCAGAGCUCCUCCACUAUGAAAGCUGGACCUGGAAACCAGAACAAAGCCAAGGAGGAAGCCAACGAAAGAGGAGGAAACCAGCAAGGAGACGCAGCCACCAACUCCAGCGCUCCUCCUUUUCCUCCUCAGAGGAGCUCAGGGUGGGGGGUGGGAGCUGAGUGCUGGGCGGUCUGGUCCGAGGACGGGCAGGUCUACCCGGCCACGGUGGUGGCGGUGGACGGCGGGCGCUGCAGGGUUCGAUUCACCGGCUACGGCAACGAGGAGGACGUGGCUGUGAGCGAGCUGCAGAGUCUCUGUGACACGCCCGGCUCGCAGCUGCAGCUCGAAACCUUUACGGACUGGACGCCUGGCUCUCAGUGUCGGGCCGUGUAUUCACAGGACGGCCUGGUGUAUGCAGCCGAAGUCCUGUGGGUCAAAGGUCAGCGCUGCCGCAUUCGCUACAACAACUACAACAACGAAGAGGAAGUGGACGUCKGCAGCCUCCUGAGACCCGAUGAGCUCCACGGCCCCAGCAGAACCGCCGCCGCC